UAUAACACACUGACCUGAGCUAAAUUACAUAAAGAGGAACCACAUUCGUGGCAGCCAGAAUAUAAUGAGAGGUAAUUCAAGUAUGUGGUUUUGUUCCUUGGGUUAGUACGAAUCCGAAUAUUACGCAACAUAUUCUAGGACUAUUGURGAUUCCUAGUCAUUAUGACGCAGCUGUCACAAAUCGUUGAAGAAUCGGGAGGGAUUCAUUUCGUCAGUUGCUGUCAACUUCGAGCAUUACCUGCGUCUUACCAGUGUAUUUUACUUAAUUGUUUCCUUAUCCGUGUCUUCUCGUGAUAUUGAAAAGUCAUUAGCUAGUCUACUUGUUUCUUUUCAAGCAAUUAUUAUUGAACAAGUGUCUUUCUUUUAUUGGGUGAUCAAAGAUCUGCAUCCAUAAAUUCAGCUUGUCAUGGAUGGAAGCUCAAGUUGUGGAUGGCCAUGUGCAGGCGAUAGUUCACCACAGCCCCCCUCCCCUCCUGAGGCCCUCCUGGUGAAGGUGCAGCCUGUCGUGGAUCAAAGCCCAGUGGACACUUCAACACAGAUAUGGACACGGCCCCUCUCCCCCGAAGACCUCCUAACACAGAUGCAGCUGCUCCGCCAAGAGCUUGGCGAGUUGACUGCAUUAAUGCAGCCUGUCGUGGAUCAAAGCCCAGUGGACACUUCAACACAGAUAUGGACACGGCCCCUCUCCCCCGAAGACCUCCUAACACAGAUGCAGCUGCUCCGCCAAGAGGYUGUGGAGCUKAGUGCUUCWAUCAGCCAAGUUCUGGAUGARCCCGAGACMAGCUAUUUGGACGCACCGACACCACCUCUCCCUAAAGCCGCCUGGGCCUCCAAGGGUGAGCCUCAGAGGGCCCUGAGCCGGUCCUCCAUCUCUAAGAUUGUGGGCAUGUCAUGGCCGUACUCCAUCUACCCUCACUGUGACCUCAUCGGCCAACCAGUUCCUGAGGAGAAGCCUGUGGUAAUGGUUGACAAGGCUUCCUCAACGCCCAAGAAGAUGUCUUUCUGGAGGAGGCUGGUAUGUUGUUUUGGGAAGAGGAACAAGACUGGAUCCACUAAGAACAACAAGGUCAAGAAGAAGACCAAGGCAAAGGGGGAGAAGACCAAGGUCCAGGAGAAGACCAAGGUGGAGAAGGACACUUCCAUGACCAGGGGAUGUUUCUCCACGUAUUUCAACCUCAUAAAACUGCUCACAAAGUAAUACGACAAACGGGUGAAGAAGUGAACCAGUGAACCACAUCCUUUCCAUCAGAAUAUCCCGAAUUGGAGAGAUCAUAACAUACUUAUCAAGGCUG